AUGUCUGAAGUAUCUUGUUCAGAUAAUCGACGCAGACAGCCCAAGUCCAAGACUGGAUGUCGAAUUUGCAAAAAGCGCAGAGUUAAGUGUGACGAGACUAGGCCAUCAUGUCGAAACUGUCUCAAGUACGGCGCCCAAUGCGAUUAUGUAACCAUCAAGGUCCGCGUAUCACUAUCACCCACCCCGUCAAAGACAUCGUGCCUUGAUGGGCUCGAAGACGUCUUUUCGAUCGACGAUGGCUUUUCUAUUGACGACUUGGAGCUCUUUCACCAUUACCAUACCUCGACAUGUCUCACCUUUACAACUGAGCCGCAUGUUCGGAGUUUCUGGCAACUCGCCGCGCCCCCAAUUGGAUUUUCGAAUCAAUAUGUUCUGAGAAGCAUGUUGGCCAUUACAGCAUUGCACCUUUCAAGAUUCAAGAAAGAGCGAGAAGGCUUUUUCUUGGCCAGAGCAUUUAUGCACCAUCGUGCAGCUCUCGCAAUGGCCGAGCCGCUUCUUGUCGACAUGACCGCCGAAAACUGCGAACAACUUUUCCUCUUCAACAUGCUCGAGAAAUUCUUUGCAUUUGCACGACCCAAAGAUGACUCGGACUUGUUGCUUGUAAAUACGCACGAGCGUUCAAGUUCAGAGUGGCUUAUUCGAUUUCGCAGCGUUCACAAAUUAGCUGGCCAGAAGAAACAAAGCGAACGGCUGUCUUUCAUUGGCACACUCCUGCAAGACAGAUCUCAUUUACCACUCGACUUUUGGCUUGCUUAUAGUAGCGAAAAGGACGCCCUGGACGAACUCGAAGCCAAGAUAUAUACGAGUACCACCAAAGAUCUCGACGCCCUGACUGCCGUACUCGAUGCUCUACAUCACUUGCAACAAACUUUUGUCGUGUUCAACGAGAGCACGUUUUCAGGAGAGUCCCCAGUUCGAGGGGUAUUGUGGUGGCUUCGCACCAUUAGCGACGCAUAUAUUGCCUUGUUAGCCGAGGGUGAUAAUGAAGCACUCUGUGUCCUUUCCUUUUACUGCAUCCUACUUCGACGUCUGGAACAUGUCUGGUGGGUCGAAGGUUGGGGGUUGCAUCUUAUUGAGCGCAUCUAUCGCGAGCUCCCCGACAAGUUCAGAUUGUGGAUUCGGUGGCCGAUCCAAGAAAUUGGAUGGGUGCCGUAG